AUGGCCGAAAUUGAUCGAUGGUCGAACCUUCAUCCUGAUCUUCUGUAUCAAAUCACAGAGCAUCUGUAUUCCUACGAUGAUUACAUUCGACUUCGAUUGGUUUGUAAGGAAUGGAACUCUAAACUUUCGAGCAUUCCAAAUCAUAAAAGAAACCCAUGGCUGUUGUUACCUGGCACUACUCACGACUCUUAUUUGAGCCAUAUUCUUGAAAAGGAGCAGAUCUACCAUGUUAUGAUCCCCGAUUUUGAUAUUAAUGACAACCUAAUUCGUGGUUCUUGUCAUGGAUGGUUAAUUACUGUUGUGAUAUCCGAGGGAGCAAUACGAAUGUUGAAUCCUUUUACUAAGACUCACAUCGAUCUUCCUCCCGUUUCAACUUUUCCAGAUGUGGUUCGUUAUCACCCUGACCGGCACGGAGAUGAAUAUGUUCUGGUGGAUCUUUAUGACGAUGUGAUCUAUAAUCUUGACGCCAUUAGUUUUCAUAAGUAUGAGAUUCAGAAGAUUGUGAUAUCCUCCCCUCCUGACAAUGACGACUUCAUGGCAGUGGCUAUAUAUAAAGAGUGCGGCAAGUUGGCCGUUUGUAAACUGAAUGACAAGAGAUGGACACAUAUUCCAACUGAACAGAUGUCGACAUUUUUUCAAGAUGUCAUAUUUUUCCAAGACAAGAUAUACGCCUUAGACGAUGAUACAAGUCUGUAUGAGUUUGAUAAGAAGGUCAUUAUGGACGAACUAGGGAAGAAGCCCCGGCCUCAACUAGUACCGCUACUGACCUCCAUUGGAGGAAUGUGUGAAGCCCCGCCUCCUGCCAAAUUGACCAUGUACUAUACUUGCAGCAUGAACAAGUAUGUGAUUGGUUGUGUUGAUGGCAGUUUGUUAAUGAUAGUUAAACAUAAUGAUUGGGCUAUGGAAAUGCUACACGUCUGCAAUAAAUUUGAUGUGUUCAAGUUGAACAAGAAUUCAAAAGAAUGGUCAAGAAUGCAUAGUUUAGAAGAUUAUGCAGUAAUGAUUGGAUAUAAUUCGUCUGUUCAGAUGUUUCCUGGCAAAUCCCCAUAUUGCAAGGGAAAUCAUAUAUACUACACAGACAACCAAGUGGUGUUGUACACUCUAGGCAAACCCAGCCUGCAAGAUAUGGGCAUCUUAAACUUAGAAGAUACAAACACCAACGAAAUACUACCAAAUGUGGAAUGGGUGUGUCCUCCAACUUGGUUGUUACCCUAA